GUUGCGGAAUGCCGGCUCCGCGGGACAGGUGUCAGGCUUUGAAUAACAGUAUCAGGUUAUUUAGGAAGAAGAGUGCGUUCAGUACUUCUCGGAGAAUCCUUCAAAAGUCAAUCAAUCGUUCAAUUUGUGCGGCCUCGUUGAAGAGCAAUAAUGCAUCGUUGGCCAAGCGCGUGGCGGAGUUGCAAAUGGAAGUGAAUGCUGAGCGAACGGCGAAGUUUGCCGCUCAGAUGGAGGCAUGCAACUUACGUGUCGAACUAGUACGGCUGCGUGCACAUCUGGAGGCGUUGGACAAAAUCAAGGAAAACCAGCUGAAGCUUCGUGAGGUUAUCGUCUCGAUGUUUGACGCUGGCAUGGCCGUAAUGCGCUCUCUGGGUGAAGCUCCUCCUCUGCCACCAGACGGCAUAGGGAUCUCUGACCAAACCGCCUGGGGUACUUCAAAUGUUCUGGCAGACACAAUUGUGGACCAGUUUGCCGUGGACCGUGUCGUGGAUCCAGUUCAGCGCGAUGCGCCUCUGAUAAAGGAACACCAGCCUUCUGUUCAUUUGACCUCCGUUGGAUCGACUUUACCCGCUGAUUGUGGGGUUCCUUUCAUUGAAGCACUUCCGCGUGCAACGGUUACCGUGAGAAACCCCGCACCUCCGGUCCUAGGCGACUCAACGCACAUCCCAAAUGAAUCCAGCGAUCUUCAUCCUGCGUUACCGCUUCGUGCCUCCCCCAGUCCUGCUCCGUGUGUCCGAGUGAAAGCCGGCUUGAAUUCACCACCCCACGCCCAAGAGAAGGAGUAUCUUCCCAGCCCCAUACUGCCCGCCGUAACCGUGCAACGAAAGACUGUCCUCGCAGCUUCUGCUGCCCCCAUCUCAGUUGGUUCUCGCAGUCCGUCGGUUGACACGCGAACCUCUUCAGUUAAUCCACAGGUGACUGCACGUGCUCACUUACAACGACAGGCUCGGACAAAAUCCAAACCAAUCAUUGAUGAGCCUUCGUGGGCUUUCAUGACGCCUGAGAAAAAACCUGCGGCAAGAUCUAGACGCCGACGUGCGGUGCAUACAAAGGAAAGUGACGAAGAUCCUCCAUCCAGCCCGAAACAGAGAGUUCAAGCCCAUCAAACAGAGGAUUUUAAAGUGCCAGCCCCACCUGUCACGCGGACUGUGGAGGUACACAUAAACCGCCCGGGACAAGUGGUCUUUCGGGCGGACUCGAAGAACAGUAAUCCCACUGGACAUCCGUUCACGGGCAAGCCACCCACAGGAGUUAAGACAUCCAAGUCACGAAGCAAGAAGAAAGCUCUUGAGUCCUUACCAGUUCCCAGUGAGCAACCAAUCAAACCAAAGAGUGUUUUCGACUUGUCCGUGAACCAAACCGUCAACACAUCGGUCCUUCCAGCCACGCUGGAUGAACUCCGGAAAAAGGAACUCUCGAAGAAGCAGGCAGUCGUACAUCCCUUGGUCCAUAUACAACGGUCUCCUGCUGUGUUGAAAACCCUUUCGCUAAACACUGCUCAUGUGGAACCGAAGGUUAGAAAAGAGAUUGACCUCGCUACGACUCCAGCCGGUGCGGAAAAUCUGAACCCGAACUUCCCGGAUUCCGAGAAAGUGACCACACGUCGUUUGUCCAUUCAUUUGAGCCCAUUGAAGAAAACAAGCGGCAAAAUCGCAAGCAGUUCGACAAAACCGACAGUACAGAGACCGAGGUAUCGACGCCUUUUUCUAGACGAAAACGAAGAUGAAGAAGCUGGCGGGCCGACUGCGAACGCGAAAAGACCCACCAGGUUGCUCGCUUCCAAAUCUCUGUUCCUGAUGUUUUUCUCAUGUAUAUAUCACCCCUACCAAUUCUGUUAACUGUACACGUUUGUGUAUCGAUAAUAUAACAACAGCUCAG